AUGACCACCGCGGAGCCGCUGUCUACACACCUUCGUAUUGUGUUUCUUCAGGCUGACUUCUGCCCGGGGUUCGAUUUCGAUUUACCGGAACCAUACAGCUACACCAAGAAGGUCUACCAGCAGACGAAACUAUCCGAACUACAUGAGCGCAUACAUGAUGCGUCCAUCCUAGUGAUCUCGGCGAUCAAGUUGGAUGCGGUCGCUCUAUCGCCCGCGGUAUCACCGAAUCUGAAACUUAUAGCGGUCCUUGCGACAGGAACAGACUGCAUUGAUCUCGAUGCAUGUAGAGCUCGCGGGAUCGUCGUCAGUAACUGCCAGAAUACGAAUAUGGAAUGUGUUUCGGAGCAUGCAAUUGGAUUAUACUUUGCAACUCGCCGGAGAAUUUGUGAAAUGAAUAAUCGUACCAGAGCUGGCGAUUGGCUGAAAGAAGCUGUUAUGUGUCGGGCGCUGGAUCAAGACAGACGACCCCCUUUGACCUGUUCAGAGGAAGUUGCCGGAAUCAUUGGCUUUGGAGGUGUGGGCAAACGAAUCGCCAACCUUGCCCGUGGACUAGGAAUGAGAGUGUUGGUGGCUGGAAGGAAGGAUUCUCACGCGACUAACUCGAUAAAUGAUGAACAGGGUGUGGAUCGUACUUCAUAUCACACUGUCAUGGAGCAGGCCACCGUCCUAUUUGUUGCAGUGCCGCUUACAGCGUCAACAAGAAAUCUGAUUUCCAACAAAGAAUUUGAGAAGAUGUCGCGGCAAACACUCCUCGUCAAUGUCUCUCGGGGCGGGGUUGUUGAUGAGGAAGCGCUCGUGAAAGCCCUGAGCAAGGGCUACAUUGCAGGGGCAGCAACAGAUGUUUUCUAUGAGGAACCUGCCGGGCCUGAAAAUUCACCUCUGCUUAGGGAUGAUACAAAGGACAUGAACAUAAUUGUUACUCCUCACAUGGCAUGGCUAGGAGAAAUCACUUGGAAAAUUCAGCUCCAAGUGUUGAAGCAAAUUGUUGAACAGUGGGCUGCGGGGGAAACCACUGAAUGUGGUGGUAUGAAUAGGAUGACCUAA